CGCCCGGCUGCUGGAAGAAGGAGGGUGCUGGGCGCAGAAAUGGCUUUCCACCGCAACCAGAAGCUGAACUUGCUGCGAAUUGUGGUGCUUCUCACAGUCGCCCUGGCAGGACUCAAGUUUUUCUUCCGGGACAGUUUCACGCUGGAUCAGCACAAAGGCACUGGCGGGGAGAGCAUCUUCUGGGGCAGAGCUGGGGACCUUAAAGAGUCAGCCCAGCCCUGGGAUGGAUCUCUAGCACACCCCGAGACCAAGGCAGCCGCCGCGAGGCCGGAAGGUCAGAAGCAGCCUGUCCGGGAUUUCAGCAUGACCCAAAUGCGGCUGGUGCACCUGGAUCUCAAGGGAGCAGCCCCCAAAGUGUCCUACCUGGAGCAGGUCUUCCCGCUCUUCUCCAAACUGGGCGCCAACGGAGUCCUGAUCGAAUAUGAAGACAUGUUUCCAUUCAAGGGAGAGCUGGAAGUUCUUAAGUCCCCGUAUGCCUACAGCGAGGAAGACAUCGAGAAAAUCCAGGAUCUGGCCGAGCUCAACAAGCUGGAGGUGAUCCCCUUGGUGCAGACCUUUGGGCAUGUGGAGUUCAUCCUGAAGCACGACAAGUACCGGCACUUGCGGGAGGUGGAGCGCUUCCCCAACAGCUUCAACCCCCACGUCCCCGAGACGCUGGCCCUCCUGAAGGCCGUGCUCACCCAGGUCCUCAGCAAGCACAGGCACUCCAGCUGGGUGCACAUCGGGGCCGACGAGGUCUUCCACUUAGGGGAGGGGAUGGACUCCAAGAACUGGCUGAGCCACAAUGCCGGCGACGUGGGCAAGAUGUACCUGAACCACAUCCGGGAGGUGGUGACCUUUGUGGCCAGCCAGGACUGGGGGCUGCAGGUGCUCCUGUGGGACGACAUGCUCCGCAAGGUCAGCGUGGCGGCUGUCCAAGACUCUGGCAUCGCCAAGCACGCUUCUCCCAUGUUGUGGUUUUACGCCCCGAACUUUGAUACACAGCAAAUAGGGAAAUACAUCUCCAAGUACGCCGAGUGCGGCUUCAAGACCAUCUGGUUUGCCAGCGCCUUCAAAGGCACCACCGGCCCUGCGCAGGCGUGGACCCCACUGAAUCAUCACUUGCAAAACCACUUGCAAUGGCUGAGCGUCAUGAGCUCCAUGCCCACAGCCCCCUUCGCCAGACUGCAGGGCAUCGUGCUGACCGGCUGGCAAAGGUAUGACCACUACUCCGCCCUGUGUGAACUGCUCCCUGUUGCGAUCCCGUCCCUGGCGGUGUGUCUGCAGACCCUGGUGAAUGGUGGAUUUAAUGAAGUGACCAAAAAGAAGGUCUUGGAUAUGCUGGGAUUCCAGAGCAUGCAGCUGGAGAAAAGCACGUGUGUCGGCAACGGGGCCUUUCCAGGCUCAGACAUUUAUCGGAUGGUCGAGCAGGUCAACAACCAGCUGAAAGACUCAGUCGUGAAAGUCUUGGAAGAGGAGAGCUCCAUCAAAGGAUGGUUCAGCCAGUACCACCGCAAGCACCAGUUUGGCAACCCCCGGAACAUGGAGAGCUUCGGCAGCAAAGUCCUCAAGGUCCACGUUGACUGGGAGAGUUCCAUCCAAGCCCUCCGCUCACACAUGGAGGCCAUGUACUUCCCGGACACGGUGGAGGAGUGGAUGGAAGAGAACGUCAACCCCCACAUGGACCGCCUGCGGGAGUUCGUCCGGGACUUCAAGGAGAUCAUCCGCCUCAACGCUCGGCCCAAGACCCUCUAGGGGGCUGCAAGAUGGCCGCCCGGAAGCAGUCCUCUGGGUUGGCCGCUCCAGGGUUCCCCAUUUGACUCCAUCCAGGGGAAGGGGUGUGUGUCUUCAGGGGAAGGGGUGUGUGUGUGUUGAGCCUCACAGGGUGGGUUUUGUUUUCCAUCACAGAGCCUGGUCCCCCCCCUUGACAGCAGAUGCCCCCUAGGCCUAAGCCCUCUCUAGCCUCAGGCAGCAGCCCACAAGAGGGGAUUACAAAUGGGGGGGGGGGCUAUGAAUCCUCCAUCCAGAAGGGCCAGAGGCCUAAAGCUGGUGGGGGGAAGGUACUGAGCCAAAGACUGAGUGGUCUUUCCCUUCCAUGACCCCCCCCCAAGCCCUCUAGCGGUAGCUGUUUCCCCCUCACAUCUUUCUCUUUCUGUGUUUACAUCUGGGGUUCAGCUGUCCUCCUUGGGGCAGGGGCUGACUGAUUCGGGGACACCCAGAGACCCGGCCUUAAUAUUUCUUCCAUGCCCAGAUCAGGAACUGUCUUAGGAGAUGGACGGCGCGACUUUCCCAGCAACGGCCAUUCCCUCGAGGCCUGCCCUGGGUGGCACAGAUGACGUGACCACACUGGUGGUACAACCCUUGCAUCGAGAGGUUAGGGCAACGGGCACUUUCAGGCCUUCUGGCUGCGGGGGGCAAAGAGGAGCCCACAAAUUCCUUCCACGUCCCGGUUUCACACCCCUGACCUCUUUCUCCCCUUUCCUCCUCUUCCCACAUCUUAGCCCUACUCUACCAGCCAGUGUUCCCGCCUUGUGUCAUAGGGGAAGGACUCUUGCAACUGGUCGGGCCAAGGAGAUGCAGACCUUCCUUUGCAGCCAAUGAAAGGCAGACAAGAUUGGACUACCGUGGUCUUCCUCUCCUGGGAGCCUUCGGCCUCCGCUGGCAUCCCCAUAGGUGAAGGGAAGGGCUUCCAUUCCCAGUGCCAGGGGCUUUGGAAUCACACAAGCAGCCUUUGCAGCUGGCUCUCCGAAAUCCUGCCUCUUGGCCAGGUGCAAUGGAGUGAAUGCCCCGAAGCCAUCAGGGUGCCAGAGCCCUCCGGGUGUCUUGGCUGCUUUCCCAGGCACCUGUGCAAAAUUUGGCCACAAGGAGUGCAGAUGAAGCAGGAGCGCCCCCUGCUGUUGCCCAGGCGUCUCCUGAGGGAUUUGCUGUCCUCUGCUGCAGUCUGUAAAAAGUGGGUUGGAGGGGAGGGGGGGGGAUUGGGGGCAUUGCAGCAACAGGCUGUGCCUAAAAGCAGUUCAGCCCUCCUGCUGAGGAACACACAAAUCUUUCUUUCCCCCACCUCCCUGUCUUCCCUAAAGAGCCGUCCAAGCUGCCUUGUGAUUGGCCUGGGGUGAAGAUGAGCUCCCGCCUACCCCAUCGCUGGGCCCCUUAGGCUCUUGAUGCCCAUGAUUGACAGCUGUCAUCCUGCCCAGACAGAAGCUCUUAGUGGCUUCUGGGCACAUUUGGUUCGGUCUCUCCAAGCUGCGGAGACCGAACUCUCUUUUUUUUCCUGUACAGAACAGAGUGCUUCUAUGAUGUGGAUAUUAAUAAUAAAAAGUAUUUUUCUAAGGAAA